AUGCCAUCUCGUCGCAGAGAACAAAGCCUGACUGAAGUCGACUCAGUCUCUGACGUAGAACCGAAACCCGACUUUCAGUAUCAACUAAGUGCGAGCAUACCCCAGGCUAUGGAAAGCAUUGACAAAUGGAAAUCGAAGAGAACUGAUAUCCGGAAGGGCAUCGACAAGGAUUAUACUGACAAAUUGACUGCACUGAAGAAUAAAAUCAAGGCUCACUACCAUCAUGAGACCCAGAUGAUAUCCGAUCACAAAAGGGAACAGCUUGACCGGUUGUUGGCGGCAGUAGAAAAGCGCAUAGGAUGCGAAGACAAAAUCAAAAACCAAACCGAAUCCCUCCGAGACGACUGUGCUCACAUAGCAAUGCUUGUAGAUGCGAUAUACAGUGGCCGCAAGGAAGCUGCCUUGCAGCUAGCCACAACUUUUAAAUCCGGCCAAUCCGAGAAAUAGUCAUAAUGGUACUUCGGCUUAUGGCGAUUAGGAGCAUUUGGUUAAUCUAAAGCGGGCAGGACACAGGGAUGUCAUACUUUAAGUGCCUUCGAUAAACCCUACCAGUAUGUCGGACUGACAACUCAAUAUCAGCCCUCAG